CCAGGGGGUGGUUUAAACAUGACACUUAACACACAGGAUGAAUAUAGGAUUAAAAAAGAAGAUAUUGAAUUGUACAAAAAAAUAAGGAGGGAAGUUGAACAAGAAUUCAUGGCAAAAUAUGAGCCUGUGGAUUAUAGAUCAGUGACCAAAAUUGAUUUUCAUAAAGACGCAGUCCGGUUACCUCCAAGGCCCGAACCAAUGCUUCAUGAAAUGGUUAAAGAACAACCGGUUACAUUUUGGACAGAACACAGGGAUAAAAUGCAUUUGACAUCAAUUAAACGACAUUUUCUGACUACCAGUAAAUCAUAAAUGUCAGUAUAUUUCACAGCGUACAAUUUUCAUUACUGAUUAUUCAUUCAUAAUGCAAAUAUCAACACCAAUUAGCUGAGUUAAUUAAUCAGAGAAUGGAAUACUUGAAAUUGAUUUCAUCGACACGAAUAUUAUUAAUCUUGUUCUAAAUAUCAGACAUUAUUAUAUUGCUAUUUGGUCCUAUGUAUUCAUAUCAUAUUACCACUAGUUAAUUAAUGUGUGAAGGACACUUUUUUUUCCAUUAAGUAAUUUUACUCCAAAUUGAAUUGUUUCAAUUCUAUAUGUGGAUUUAAUUUUCUCAACUACAAAUCAUCCUUAUUUUAAACCCAACUUCAAAUCUGGUGAUUAAUUUCUGAAGAUUAAUGAAAAUUUCAGUGUUAAAAUAUUCAUUUCGAACAUAUUUUUCAAGCUUUUAUAAGCUUGCUUAUAAAUUUUUUCCUCAACAAUAAGAGUGAUGACAUGCUAACAUUCAGCGCAAUAUAAUAUUCAAAUCCAAGCACCAUUGGAAAGGUAAUACUCAUUACAGUACAAAUCGUACCACUCCGUUUGGACGUAAUGCUGCUUUUACAACACCGAUUGAUCAAUAUUUGAAUAGUCGGAUGCCAUGUGAAAUGCAAGUAUAUUCACGUUAAAAAAAUAAUAACAAGAAGUUAAAUGAGGCAGUUGCCUCUAUUUAUUUAUACCAUUUAUUUAUAACUAUGCAUCAUUUUACCAUAAUAAAGCAAAAUAAUUAUACUGCUCUAAUUUUUCGGAGUAAUUCAUUGUAUUGUAUGCUAAGAUUGGUAUAUAUGAAAAGAAUAUGUGAGAUCGUAAUGAAAAAAACUAUCAUUUAACUAUUCAGUUUACUUUAACACUAAAACCGACUGAGGGGCAUAUAAGAGAAUAUUUGAUGGGCCUCGGAAACAACGGGACGUUUGUUCAACAUUCAAUUACCAGGUACAACUAAACAAAUGAAAUUAUAUGAAAAAUAUAGAGUUUACCACUAAAUUCAG